AUGGUGGAUAAGUCAUCAGCGGAUGAGAAUAAAUCAGAAUACCCACCUCAAACAAUACAAAAUACAUCAAUUAAUCUCCUUGUUAGUCCUUCGGAGAUUAAUAACAAAGAUAACAUAUCAAUAAAAAAUCAAGAAAAUACAAAGAAAUCCGUAACAGAUAGCAAGCCACAUAUUAUUCCCCUUGCUAGUUCUUCGGUGAAUAAUAACACAGAUACCAUAAAAGCUUUACAUAAAAAUACAACGCCUGAUAAAUCAGAUGCACAGCAAAAGAAUAUUCUCCUCGUUAGUCCGUCGGAGAACAUUUUAUUCGACACCACUCGUCUAUAUGACGACGCUCCAAUCGUAAACAAAGAAGCAAGAAUACACCAAAUCACCCAUACACUACAAACGGAAUCAUUCGAACCAACUGAACUAAAUGUCAAUGAGGAGGACAUCUCGCUCCCAUUAACUACACUACAACUAGACAACAAUGAUCAAAUCUUAACCCUCGUAGAUACAGGAGCAAGCAUAACAUUAAUCGCAGACCAAGCAGCUAAAGAUCUCGGAUUGAAAGUAGCACAAGAAAUCAAAUUGACAGUGAACGGCUACAAGGGCAAAAGCCGAAGCUCCAGUAACAUCUACGAAAUAAUAAUCAAAGGCGGAACCCUUGAAUACAAAACAUUUGUAGCUGGGGUACCAGAUCUACCAGAAAUCAGAUACAAAACACCAGUCUUCAGUGAAGAAGAUCACAAAGAACUAGAAUUAUACGGUCUGACCAACAGAGAUGUAAUACCCUGUGAAGAAUUUGACAGGAAACGUAUCGGAAUGAUCCUUGGAAAUGAUAUCCUCCCACAUUUCAUCAGAGGAUCACAAAGAAUCUGCUUACCCUCGGGAAGAUAUAUCGAACUGAGUCCGUUCGCAAAAAUGACAUUUCCAAGAGCCAGACAUUGCCCAGUGAUGGACACACCAACGAAAGACAACAAAGCGGUAGUACAAAAAGAAAGAAAAGAACAUUCCAUCAAUACACUUAUGGCACAAAAAUAUGGAAGAGCAGGCGAAGACGACCUAACUGACUUAAUCCUGCAGCUUUGGAAAAGCGAGAACUGUGGAGUAGAGUCAGCUACUCUGAGAGAGGAAGAAUACCUCGAUCAACGCAGAUUGCUACUAUGGUUUGAAGAUACUCUAGAGAUCACAGAAGGUGGACAAAUCGCAGUUGCACUCCCUUGGAACGGAAAAGAAAUCAGAAUGGGAACUAACAAAAAUCUAGCUUAUAAAAGACUUAUGUGUCUAAUUGAAAAGCUACGAAACAACUCGAAUCUAUUACGAGAGUACAAUAAAAUCAUCAAGGAACAAUUGAAAGCAGGAAUCAUCGAACGAGUAACACCAGAAAUGCAAAAACAAGGAAAAAGCUACUAUGCACCACAGAAUGCGGUAUUUAAAGCGAAUUCUGCGAAUACCAAAGUAAGAAUCGUCGGAGACUCAUCAUCCCACCAGAAAGGGCAACUUUCACUCAAUGAUUGUCUCUUUGAGGGACCGAACAUGCUACGUACAGCUCCAGGACUACAUCUGAGACACAGAAUUGAUCAGUACCCAAUUGUUGGAGACAUUGCACGAGCUUUCCACCAAGUGAGACUACAAGAGAAAGACAGAAAUGUGACAAAGUGGUUAUGGGUAGAGGAUAUUGAGAAACCCCCGACAGGAGAUAACCUGGUGGAGUAUAGAUUCACUAGGAUUCCCUUUGGGAUGAAAUGCUCUCCUUUCCUGCUCGCGGCAACGAUCCGCCACUACUUGUUGAUGGCAGCGAGCAUAUUGAGCAUCGAAAUCGACAAAAACUUAUACGUCGAUAACAUUAUGGUAUCAACAAACUAUGCAGAAGAAGUACUCCCAAAAAUUAAAGGAAUUCAAGAAGAGUUCAGAGUGAUGAGCAUGCCAGUCAGAGAGUUCGGAACAAACUAUCACCCAGCUCUAUUAGAAAUACCUGAAGCGGAUAGAGCAGAGUCUCAUAUUUCAAAGUUCCUUGGAUACAGUUGGAAUACAACAGACGAUACAAUCACAGUACUGAUCCCAGAACCAUCAGUCAACAGACCAACAAAACGGGAUAUUGCAUCGUUUUUUGCAAAAACAUUCGACCCCAUGGGAUACAGUGCUCCCCUGCAUGUAAAGAUAAAGAAAUUUGUACAGAAGAUCUGGCAAAAUGGACUGGAAUGGAAAGCACCACUAACCGACAAACUGAACAAAGAAUGGGAAAUUAUCAAACAACAAUACAAAGACACAGCUCUAGUAAUUCCCAGAAAACUGCGACAGAAGUAUCAUCCAAAUGAGAAACCGGAAAUUGUAGUAUUCUGCGAUGCAUCACAGCAUACGUACGCAUGCGCCGUAUACAUAGUAUACAGACACCCAGAUGGUUCAGUUGAAUCGAACCUGAUAGGAGCUAAAUCCAAAGUCAGACCAAGUAGUGGAGCUGGUUGGACUAUUCCAAGACUUGAGUUGCUAGCAAUGGAAAUUGGAAUGAGAUACACUGAAAGCUUAAUUCACGAACUACCCGAAAAGGACAAACCAGUGUCAUUGGACAUAUUCAGCGACUCCAUGAUCGCACUAUACUGGAUUCUUACAGAAGAACAAAAGAAACAAUGGGUCAACAAUAGAGUGACCACAGUACAUGAAGUAGACAAAGCCAUUAAAGAGUCAGGAAUGGAAGUAUCGUACCACCAUGUCACGACAGAUAAAAACCCAGCUGAUCUAGCAACAAGAGGAAUAGACUCCACAUCCCUACAAAACUGCACCUUCUGGCUGAAUGGCCCAAGUUUCCUCUCCGAACCAAGAAAGAAUUGGGAAACCAAGUUGGAAGGAGAGAUCCAGUGCCCAAUUGAAGACAAAGAUGAGGUUAAUCUAGAAAUGAGAAACACGAGUAAACCCAAAAAUACAUCAAUCAGACAAAAGAAAAGAGCUGAAGCGAUGGCUAACCUAGUAUUGGUAGAGACAAGUGUAAACGCUACAGUAAGUACAUCUAAAAAACCAAAACAGACCACCGAAAUCUACACAUCCUUCGUACCAUUUGAGUACACUAACUCACUAUCAUCAUUGACGAGAAUCACAAACAUGGUCUUAAAGUUCAUAAGUACAGUAUCAAAAAAUAAAAUACUACAAAGCGAACCACUGAAAGAAUAUACAGAAUGCAACAAAACUACAGAUACAGUGGAGCGUGAAACAAGACAAAGAAAGCUAGCACGGCUCACAGUGUUCACAGAACACUACAAGGAAGCCGAAAGUAGAGAUUGGAAAUUUAAAGAAACUCUCAAUCCUUUCCAGUCAAAAGACGGCUUAUGGAGAACAAAAAAGCAUUACCAGUCACCAAACAUCCCACUAGAAACAAGCGAGCCAAUCCUCGUCCAUAGAGAACAUAAACUGGCAGUAAUGCUCAUGGAUGAAAUCCAUAAGGAAAAUGUCCACCUUCCAGCUAACUAUCUUGUGACCGCCUUGAGGUCAAAAUACUGGAUCCAAACUGAUGGAAGAUUAGCUCGCUCUACCAUCUCAAGAUGCGUAGCGUGUCGCAAAGUCAAAUCUUUCCCCUUUCUCUAUCCAUAUAAUACAUCCCUCAAAGAAAAUAGAACAGUCCCAUCCACUCCAUUCGCCAAAGUAGGGCUCGAUUUUUUUGGCCCACUACAGUACAAGAACAAAAAUGAGACCGAACUAGAAAAAGGAUACGUGUUAAUUUACACCUGUCUCACUACGAGAUGCACACACUUGGAGAUUUGUGCUGAUAGUUCCACGACCAGUUAUUUAAAUGCUCUGAAAGCCAUCUUUGCGCAAAGAGGAGUACCAAAAUACAUAUAUUCGGACAACGCACAAACGUUCCAGCUAGGAGAAAGAGUCCUGAGAGAAGACAUCAAAAGCUACGAACCAGAGUCAAGACUUAUCAAUUUCCUAGCUCGAGAAGAUAUCAACUUCCGCCAUAUUACUCCCAUGGCGCCGUGGCAAGGCGGCGUAUAUGAGCGUAUCGUCGGAAUCGCAAAAAAGCAAUUCCGCAAAGAAAUCGGAAAGCAGAUAUUCUCCUUCCCAGAACUUCAUUCAAUAAUGAAAAGAGUAGAAGGAGCAAUAAACUCGAGACCCCUGAUCAGAAAUCCAGUGCACGUCAACGAUGUGCCAGUCUUGAGACCGAUAGAUUUCCUGUUACCAGCUGUGCUUCUCGAAGUACCAAAUGAUACAGAUAAUCUAAAGGGAGACAUACUGUAUGACCCUACAGUAAGCACAACCGAGAAAGAAACUCGAGAACACUUAAAGAAGAUGGACAGAGUCAUGGAAAAGCUCUGGAAAAUCUGGUCGACAUCUUACUUACUACUCCUACGGGAAAAUGCAAAAAGAAACAAUCGAUUUAGCAAAGUAUCACCGAGGGUCGGUCAAGUUGUACUGAUUCAAGAAGAAAUGAUACCACGACAUACAUGGCCGGUGGGCAGAAUCACUAAACUGAUAGGAACACCUCCCCUCGUACAAUCGGUCGAAGUACUGUACAAAGGAUCCAUCAAAGAAAGAGCAGUAAACCAGCUGAUCCCUCUCGAGAUCGACGAAGAACAAGAGACGAUACAAACUCCAGAACAUGCCACAACUAGUAGAAUACCACACAAAGUAAACCAGAAUGAAUCACGCACAGAUAAUUCGGACCACAAAAUAACCUCCACAAGACUACAGCCACCGAGAAGAGCCAAAGAAGGAGUUCAUUAUUCUUUGGAUUCCGACUCGGAAUAA